AUGUUUCAAGAUUCAUUAAUGAUUAUAAAAUCCAAUUGUAUGGCAAAGCGGAAACCCAUACUAAUCUAUUUAUUAGAGAAAGGAUUUCAAAUUCAGGGACAGCGUAAGGUAAAAUUUACCCCGGAAUUGGCUGCUGAAUUUUUACAGGAUAUUAGUGAAGAACCGGAAUUUAUGUUUCAAGUUAUAUUACUAUCCAAAGGAACGUCAGAAGCAUUUAUAUUGGCCAAAGAAAAUGCUGUUGAAGAUUUACUCAAUUCCAUGGUGUGUUAUUUUGGCAAUUCCGUGGAAAUGGAGAAAAAUGUUUAUGUAACCAAAUGCUUGGGAAAAGUGCGCAAGGAUAUACGUUUUAUAUUUCCCAAUUAUAUUUUUGAGCCCAUUGCCUAUCCCGAUUUGAUGGAAUUUUCUCAAAAUAACCCCUUUGUCGAGUCACUAAUAUCAGGAGUUUAUGAUAUUGCCACCCAACCCGAAAUGGAUCCACACAAAAGUUGGAAAGAAAAAUUAGCCGAUUGGCUCAUACUAUCGAACAGGGAUUUACCUCAGGUAUCGAAUCAAUGUUCUUGGAAUCCUUCAGUAAAUCUUUGCGAAGUUGGACAGCAAACAAAGAUUACGUCGUUCAAACAUGAUUGUAAGAUAGACCGAAAUGUUUCGAAAUCUUCCGCCAUGGGUUUUAGUACCGAUGGAAAUUCUCUGAAUAUUACAACAUCGUCGUGUGUUUCCUGCUCCGAUUUGAAUAGUAGUGCUGAUGAAUGCAUUCAGCAAUCUAGAUCCUUAAAUGAAAUGAUCAAAAUGAAAACAGCUCCUUUGUUAGUGCCAAGUAAGUCCUCUUCAGCCACUAUCCGAAUCGAUGAAAUGGAAAUCGAAGAAGAGAAGAACUUCGUGGAGAUCAUUGAGGAAGAGGAGAAUUCAUUGGAUGAAAUUCCCAUAGCUAUGCCAGGUGAUCUGAGUGAUGCAAAUAAAUCCAAAUCUCUAUUGUCGAUCAAAGGCUCUGAAGAGAAUUAUGUAACUUCUUCCAAGAUACCCAGUAAGGAGGGUGCAGGUGAUGGUGGCAGUUUACUGAUUGAAAAUAAAUCACUAACAAUAGAUGAAACCCCUCCUGAUACCCAGGUAAUGUCUGUCACUGACAAGGACAUGCUAGAACAAUUAGAGCUGCCAGCAAAUGAGACUCCUCAAAAAGAGUCAUUGGAGGAUUUAGCAGCACCACCAGAAGCACUAAAUAUCCACGAAGAGAAUGAAGCUGAAAAUGCUGAUGAAAUACCGCCAGAAGAAUCAAUCGAGAUUUCACCUACCCAACCGGAAAGUGUACAUCAAAAUGAUAAUGAAAAUGUUGAGAAGAUUGAGGUGCCGGUCGCAUAA